GCUGUCAACAACUUCAAUAAAUUUUGAUCUGAUUUGCUGUUUGAAUUUUUGUUUUGUUUUUUUUUUGUUCUAUAACACUUUAUAAGUGUGUGUGUGAUUGUGUGAAGUUGGUGUGCAGGGUGUAUGAAUAAGAUUUUGUGAACAGAAUCUAUGCGAUUAAAAUGAUUGAUUAUAAAAAUCAAAAAGGAUUGCCGGAAGCUUUAAAUGAAUCAAAAUCUUAUGAGGCUCAAUAUGUCUAUAAACAAUAUAGCCCAGAAAAGAAAGCCGAACGAGAUUUUACACGAAACAAUAUAAUAUUGCCAGAAUGGCAGAUGAAAGAAGAAUUAGUAGUGAGUGGAAUGUCUGGCCGUUUUCCUGAAAGUGAUACGAUUGAUGAAUAUGCAUACCAUUUGUACAACGGUAUCGAUAUGGUCACAGAAGAUGAACGAAGAUGGCCUUUUGGCUAUCUUGGAUUACCUCGAAGAUCAGGCAAAAUUAAAGAUAUUUCAUUGUUUGAUAAUGAAUUUUUCAAAGUAAGCGAAGAAGAUGCACAUUAUCUUGAUUCACAAAUUCGCAUCAUGUUGGAAAUUACAUUCGAAGCCCUCUGGGAUUCAGGUAUCGAUCCUAAUAGCUGGGCUGGUAGUAACACUGGUGUGUUUUUGGGUCAUUGUUUUGAUGAAUAUAUGGCUGCAUAUUCAGAUGCAGGAAGUGACAUACCAUCAUAUAGGCAGACGUAUUUUUCAAUGUUGCACAAUGUUUUUGAUUUCCGAGGGCCAGCGAAACAUUUUGACACUGCAUGUGCAUCCGGUUUCAGCGCUUUUCAUCAGGCGAUAGUUUCGCUUCGUGCUGGAGAAUGUGAUCAAGCCAUUGUUCUCGGCCUAAAUAUUUGUCUUCGUGCUGGCACACAGCAUCAAUUUCUUAAUCUCAACAUGUUAUCGCCAGAAGGCAAAUGCAAAUGUUUAGAUGAUGACGCUAAUGGUUAUGCCAAAGGCGAAGCUUGUGUAGCCGUAGUUUUGCAACGCAAAUCACAAGCAAAACGAAUCUAUGCUCGCAUCAUUCAUUCAAAAACCAAUUGUGAUGGCUUCAAAGAAUUGGGCAUUACGUUCCCAAGUUUUGAAUUGCAAGCUGAAGUUAUAUCCGAUGCAUUUAAAGAAGCUCAUAUUGACCCACUUGAAAUUGAAUAUUGUGAAGCACAUUGUACCGGUACCCAGGCUGGUGAUCCUUCAGAAAUGAAAGCAAUUAUGGAUUCUAUGUGUGUUGGUCGUACUAAACCAUUGAAAAUUGGCGCACUAAAAUCGGUCAUUGGUCAUACUGAAGGUGCAUCCGGUCUUUGUGGAUUAGUCAAAUCGAUUCUUUGUUUCGAAAACGAAAUAAUACCGCCUAAUAUACACAUGACUAAACCAAACCAUCGUAUCGAGGGCCUAAUUAAUGGUGUUCUUGAGCCGGUUACCGAAUGCACCCCAUUUAAAGGACAAAAAAUAGCAAUGAAUUGUUUUGGAUUUGGUGGUGUAAAUGUGCACGCUAUUAUCGAAAAAAAUACCAAAGAAAUUUCUGAUGAUGAUUAUCGAUUUGGAACAUUACCACGUUUAGUGACUUUUUGUGGCCGAAAUCAAAAAUCAUUUGACAAUUUACAUCAAUUCUUUAUAAAUAAUCCCGAAAAAAUGACCACUGGAUUUUUGGCAUUAUUGGAUCAGAUUGCAAAAACCAGUCCAUUUCCGAAUCGAAUGUUCUCCGGAAUGACAUAUAGAGGUGCUCGUUUAUUUAAACCUGAUGAUAGUGGCCGUCUGAAACCGUUUGAUGAAGUGCGAUUUAAUCAGGUAAAAAGCGAAACAAAACCAUCAGUUUGUUUUGUCUUCACUGGCAUGGGUUGCCAAUGGCCGACGAUGGGAAGAGAUUUGUCCCAAAUUGAUUCAAUGUCCAGUGUUUUUAGCAAGUGUUCGGAAGUUCUAAAACGAAUCAACAACUCAUUUGAUCUUAUGAACGUUUUGACAAGUGACGAUCCAAAAAUGCUGCAAUCUCCAAUCAAUUCAUUUGUUGCCAUUGCUGCCAUACAAAUAGCACUCGUUGAUUUUCUUCGACAAUUAGAAAUUGAACCCGGUUUUGUUAUUGGUCAUUCCAUUGGUGAAUUGACCUGUGCUUAUGCUGAUCAAUGUCUCAGUCUUGAAGAAACAAUUACGGCUGCUUACAUUCGAGGUUUAUGUAUGUCCGAAAUGAUUGAACAGAAACCAGGAAAAAUGGCUGCCAUUGGCUGUACUUGGGAACAAGCGCAACAAUAUUGCAAACAGUAUUCUGAAGGUAAAGUUUGGCCAGCAUGUCAUAAUAGUUUUGAUUCGGUUACUGUUGCCGGCUCACAAUUCGAUAUGGACAAUUUUAUAUCGAAACUACAGCAACAGGAACCGGAUCUAUUUGUGCGUGCUAUCAAUAGUUCAAAUAUUGCAUUCCAUUGCCCGUACAUAAAAGAAAUGCGUGAACCAUUGAGACGAGCACUGAACAAGAAUUUAUGUUUUAAGCAACGAAUGCCAAUUUCGUCUAAAUGGUUGACGACAACGUAUGAAAAAGAUUGUCAAGAAUUCGAUCUAGAAUAUCUGGUAGAUAAUUUGCUGGAACCUGUAAGAUUUUACGAAGUUUUUCAACGUUUACCUCCAAAUACUAUAUUCGUUGAGAUUGCACCUAACAAUUUACUACAAGCAGUCAUCAAACGUAAUAUUUUUGAACAAAAUAAGGAUUCGAAAUAUGUUGCCACAAUGGUACGUAAAAGUGGUCAAAAUAAUAUCGAUAUUCUUUUGAUGAACAUUGGUCAGCUAUACGUAAAUGGAUUGAAUCCUCUAAUUGAAAAAUUAUAUCCUUCAUACGAAUAUCCUGUGGCUAGAACUACUCAAUCAUUACAUUCAAUAAUCAGUUGGAAACAUGAUCGUCAUUUUAAAGCCACAAAAUAUCCAGAAUUUUUCAAUCAUGAUCAACGAAAAAAGACAUAUAAGGCUGUUGACUUGCAAAACAUUGAAGAUAAAUUCUUCACAGAUCAUUGUGUCGAUGGUCGUAUCUUAUUUCCAGCCACCGGUUACUUAUAUUUUGCUUGGGAAUUGGCUAGCCGAACAUUAAAUUUAAAACGAGAAGAAACGCCCAUCAUUUUCGAAGAUGUAAUUAUACACCGAGCUACAAUUAUGCCGAAAAGUGGUAUGAUGAGUUUCGCCAUGAAAUAUAACCAAGAAAAUGGAACGUUUGCCAUGUUGAACAAUGGAACAGUUACUACUACUGGCCGAAUUCGAAUACCAAACAAUGGAUCGAAGUUUCUAAUAUAUCAGGAUAUGCUAAACACGAUUGAUACUGUCAAAACAAAAAAAUGUCGAAUGCAAUUGAUUACAAAAGAUGUGUACAAAGAAUUUCGUUUACGUGGUUAUGAUUAUGGACCGGAAUUUCAAACUAUUAAUGAAGUGUCAAUUAAUGAUGAAUUCAGUGUGGCUACAGUCAAAUUCAAAAAUUGGGUCACAUUUGUUGAUGGUAUGAUUCAAACGGUAAUUAUUGGUCGUCCGAUACGUGCAUUAUUAGUACCGGUACGAAUUGAUUAUCUAGCAUGUGAUCCGAUAAUAAUGUCUCAACAUUUGAAAUCAAUAUCGGAAAAUGACUCAUCAGCAACAUCUUCAUCAUAUUUGGAUACGAUCUAUGAUUUUUGUCUAAAUAUUGCCGCUAGUUCAGGCAUCGAAUUCCGAGGAAUAAAAGCUAAUCUAGCCCCACGUAGAAUACACCCGAUCGCUCCAUCUAAGUCUACUUAUGAAUUUGUGCCGUACAAUCAACAUGAUUUACUUUUGGCCACAAACAGAUCAAAUAGCUAUGAACAUCGAUUAUUUCUUACAGAACAAUUGUUAAAAUAUCAAGAUCUUUGUGCAAGUUACGUACAAAAUCAUUCCAUUGAUGAAUCAUUCAAUAUAGAACAAUUCGAAACCAAAGUGGCCAUACCAGUUCUAAUGAAAAUACUUCAACAAAUAAAUACCGAUAAUUUUGAACAAUCACAAUUUGAUACAAUCGAAGAUGACAUUCUCUUUAAUUCCUACAUGAAUGAAGUUUUUCUUCGUCCACAACUUGAAACGGCCGUCGAAAAUUGCCAUUUGGAACCAUUAAUCGAGAUUUUAGAAGUAGGCCAGACUAAAAAUCUUAUGGCAUCGAACAUACUUAAAUGGAUAGCGAUGGAUACGUUCCGUGUGAAUUUUAAUUGUCGUUUAUUGCAUUCAUCACCAUCCACAGUAAAUCCGGAUCAUUUAAAUUCAGUUUAUUCACAGCAUGAAUGGCUAGCCGAAAAAUCGAAAUUUCCUAACGACUUGGUAAAUAUCGAUUUGAUCGUCUACAAGGAUUUUAGCAUUUGCCCUUUGCUAUCCAGACAUGAAAUUGAUUUAUCACUCAUGUUUGAAUCAUUAUGGAAUUGUCUCAAAGAUAAUGGCUUUGCUAUCAUUUUGAUUAGAGAUCAUCCGUUUGCGGUAGAACGUUAUUUGUUGGAAAAACUCAAGAUGAAAGUGCCUAACGUAUCGCGUGUUGAACAAUUCAUGAAUGCACUUGGGAAAACUUCGUUUAAAUUGAUAGGUGACCGUAGUGAUCGAAUGGGUGUACAUUCUUUCCUUAUUCGUAAAAUUUCCUAUGAAAUUAUUCCAGAAAAUCAAAUUUACAUAAAUUUUACAAAUAAUGUUGAAGAUUGGUUCGAAACGUUACAGAAUAGCCUUAAAGAAAUAAAAAAUAGCCAAAGUGUUGAGCAAAAAUUCGUAUGGCUUAUUGCUAAUGAUCAACAUUCAGGUGUAUUGGGUUUUGCCAAUUGUUUACGUAAAGAACCAGAUGGUUUGAAAAUUCGAUGUCUAUACAAUGGACAACCAAAUUGUACGAUUAACAAUGAAUCCGAAAUUUUGAAAAAUAUCGUCAAACUUAACCUACAAAUGAACGCUAUUGGACCGGAUGGAUCUUUUGGAUCGUUCAAACAUUUUUCAUUGUCUAAUGAGGAUACUGAACUUAUGCCAGUGGAACAUUGCUUUCUUAAUGCACAUACACGAGGUGAUUUAUCAAGUCUUCGUUGGUUUGAAGCUCAGCACAAACUUUGGCCAGUGAAUCGUAAACCGAAUGAAAAUUUCUUCACCGUUUAUUAUGCCGCAUUAAAUUUUCGAGAUGUGAUGUUGGCCACAGGUAAAUUACCACCGGAUGCCUUGCCAUUGGAAAUUGGUCUUGAUGAUUGCUUAUUGGGUAUUGAAUUUGCUGGCCGUGAUGAAAAUGGUAAUCGUGUAAUGGGUAUGAAACAAUCAAAAUGUUUGGCCACCACUCUUGUAUACGAUGAUGCUAGCUGUCUGACAUGGCCAAUACCUGAUAAAUGGACAAUGGAAGAGGCAGUCACCAUUCCUGUUGCUUAUGGUACUGCAUAUUAUGCCUUAGUGAUUCGUGGUAAUCUACGAGAAAAGGAAAAAGUUUUAAUUCAUUCGGGAAGUGGUGCUGUUGGUCAGGCAGCCAUCGCUAUUUGUCUUAGUUAUAAUUGUCAUCUAUUUAUAACAGUCGGAUCCGAAGAAAAACGAACAUUUUUGAUGGAAAAAUUUCCUCAAUUAAAACCAAAUCAAUUCGCCAGCUCACGUGAAACAGCAUUUGAGAAGAUGAUUUUACAGGCUACAGAUGGAAGAGGUGUUGAUGUCGUUCUGAAUUCAUUGGCCGAAGAUAAAUUGUUUGCAAGUGUUAAUUGUCUGGCUCCAUAUGGACGUUUCUUGGAGAUCGGAAAGUUCGAUUUGUCACAGAAUAGUAAAUUGAAUUUAUCACAAAUAAUGAAAAAUAAGACAUUUCACGGCAUUUUACUCGACAAUAUGAUUCAUGUUUAUGAUUGUACACCGACGAAUAUCCUUCGACAACGAGGUAAAAUUCGAGAUUUGAUUUAUGAAGGUAUGACCAACGGAGUAAUUCAGCCAUUGAAUCGAACAAUAUUCACGGCGGAUGAAAGUGAAAAAGCAUUCCGAUACAUGACAACUGGGAAACAUAUGGGUAAAAUUCUUAUAAAAAUUCGUGAAGAAGAAAUAGGGGGAAGUCCAGAUUUUGCAGAAAUAAUGUCUCGUAAUAAUAGCCUACAAAUACCAGCACUACCUCGUACGGUAUUUCAUUCGGGAAAAUCAUACAUUAUAACAGGCGGAUUAGGUGGAUUCGGUAUGGAAUUAAUGAACUGGAUGAUCGAAAGGGAAGCUCGUCAUUUUGUUUUGACUUCAAGAAAGGGAGUCAAAAAUCUAUAUCAGAAAUGGCGUAUUGAUCAUUUCACCGAAUUGGGUGUAAAAAUUGAAAUAUUCGUUGAUGAUACAACUACCAAUGAAGGUGUCGAUCGAUUGAUUGAUACGGCUCAACAAAUGGCUCCAUUGGAUGGAAUUUUCCAUCUAGCAAUGGUCAUUAGAGAUGGUCUAUUUGAUAAUCAAACAUUGGAAUCAUUUCAAGAUGUUAUCAAACCUAAAGCUAACACGUUUCUCUUAUUGGACAAAUCAACAAGACAACGAUCAAUAUGUUUGAAUUAUUUUGUUGCUUUUUCAUCGGUCAGCUGUGGCAUAGGAAAUCCUGGCCAGAGUAAUUACGGAUUAGGCAAUUCGGUUCUAGAACGUGUAUGCGAUCAACGACGACGUGAUGGUCAUCAUGGAUUGGCUAUUCAGUGGGGACCUAUCGGCGAUGUUGGUUAUAUUAUCGACAAUAUUCGGGGCAAUGACAUAGUUAUUUGUGGUACAAUUCCGCAAAGAAUACCAUCGUGUUUAAAUGUACUCGAUCGUCUACUGCAAAGUCCAUUUUCUAUAUGCUCCAGUUUGAUAUGGUCAGAUAAACAAUUUGGUCUACACUGUGGAAAGACUAGUUUAAUCAAAACGGUUGCACAUAUUUUGGGCGUGAAAGAUUAUGAAAAACUUGAACCGAAUGUAACUUUAGGUGAACUUGGCAUGGAUUCAUUGAUGACCGUUGAAGUCAAACAAGUGAUCGAACGUGAUUACGAUGUUGUUUUUACUCUGCAAGAUCUACGUAAAUUAACCAUUGCUCAAAUCAUUGAAAUUGGUCAGGGUAAAGCAAAAGAGACGCUCACCACUAAUGAUACAGACAAUACGAUCAAUGCAAAACAAUCAAUGGAUGAAAAAUUAGCACCUAGCCAACCAAUUGUUUAUCUGAAUGACAUAAUCAAUGGUGAUCCUAUUUUAUUCUUCCCACCUUUGGAUUCUACAUUCGAUGGAAUGUUGCCGAUCGCCCAGAAACUUAAUCGACCUGUUAUUGGUGUGAAUUGGACACAAGAAUUAAAAGGCGUCAGAUCACUUAAAGAUACAGCCGCAUAUUUUAUAAAAGUGCUUGAAACUCAGCUACCGAAUCUGGAUCGCUAUGACACGGUAGCUUAUUCGUUUGGUGGAGUCGUUGCACUAGAAAUGGGCCUACAGUUACAGCAAAGAAAAUCAGACCGUUUGAAACGUUAUAAUCAACUAAUCCUUUUGGAAUCAUCACCGAAACAAUUCAAAAUCUAUACCGAUGUCAUCGCCAAGAAAUAUGCGAUUGAAAAUGAUAAAAUCAAUGAUACAGCAUAUGUUGAUUCAAUGUUGAUGUAUCUACGUGGUAAAGUAAAUAUGGAUAAUACAAAAAUGCGUGAAACGUUGUUAAAAAUGAACGACAAUCAACAACGAAUCAAAUUUUUGGGCAAUAUCAUUCGACAAACACAAAAUAUGGACAUAAAAGAUGAAACACUUGAUUACCUGAUGCAAACACAUUAUAAUAAAUUGUACAUGGUAAAUCAAUAUGAUUGCCCAACAAAACAAUUUGAAGGCGAUAUUAUACUUAUACGAGCUUCAAAUGUUUUACUUAAAUCUGAUUAUGAUAAUAAGAACAUCCGUCAAGAUUAUUGUCUUGAUGAUCUGAUAACUGGUAAAUGUCAUUUACAUAUCCUGGAUGGUGAUCACGAAACAUUUAUAACAAAUAAUUAUGAUCAAUUAGUAAAAUUGAUUAGAAAUUAUGUCUGAAAUUACACUUUACCCUUUUUACCCUCU